AAAAAGUAUCAAAAUGAACGGAACUGAUGUGGCCGACGUGGACCCGGAUACGGAACCAUUUUUGGGUGGAGCUCCAGCUCCAGCACCUUCCCUGGUAACGGUGGCUGAAUCGGCCUCGAAAGUGACUCCUGCACCCACUCCGGCUGGGGAGCCGAACACCGAACCGACUGCUGCUGAGGCUCCAGCUGUAGAACCGACAACCAAACCAGAAUCAGACGAGGCUCCUGAUCCUGCACGGCCACCAGCUCUGACUGGAACUGCUUUGCGGACACGCAAGCCGCACCAUGAGACGCCUCCUUUACGAGGUUUUGGAGCUUGGGAUGAUCCGGGAGUUUCACUUUUCGCCACCGCCUCCCAAGAGCCCAUUCCCAACAUGCUGAGCUACUUGAAACCGUUACCAGGCACAGGAUGCGAUUACGACAAGGAGGCCUGCCGUAUGAAGUCGCAGAACUCGGUGGCGGAGAACUCGCUCUUCCGGCUGAUCAAGUUCCAGGUGGAGGAACUGGCCGCCGACCGGCACACCCACAUGAAUCCCAAGCAGCAGCUGGAGCGGACCGACGGCGCCAUUACCGCUGCCCUGGCGGAGGAGAUGCGUCGCCAGCGGGUGGCGGCCAGCAAACGCAUCCAGUUGCACAGGAAUGUGGUUAAUUUCCGGCAGCUCAAGGCGGAGGUGGACCAGGCGAAUACAGCCCUGGUCGUGAGGCAGACUAUCUUGGCGAACGAGCGGCAGCGGGCGGACAAGAUGCAGACGGAGCGGGCCAAGGCGAUUGCAGAGCAGCGGAAGCUGGAGCUGGAGCGCAAGGCGGAGGAGAUGAAUAAGGGCCUGAAGGCGUCCAACUUCCGGCGCGACCUAAUAGUCCAGAUAACGGAGGCGCGCAACAAGCGCCACAAGGACCAGCAGACAAUGGUCGAGGAAGGGCGGCGGGAGCGGCGCGAGUUCCUGGCCAAGGUGGAGGAGGACCGAAUCAAGGAUGCCAUAAAGUUGGACAAGAACCGGCGGGAGCUGAUGAAUGCCCUGCAAACGUCUGCUGCCCAGAGCCGAGCCGCACGGGUGGCCACGGCAAAGUCUACGAAGGGCAAACCGGAGCGAGGUAUUUUGGAUGCACUGGGUCCGGUGACCGCCACCUACGUGGGCAUGGCGAAGAAGCGGCGCCUCGACGAGAUCCAGGCGAGGGACAUGAACGCCGCCCGUUUGGGCUUCCAGCUGAGCCAGAUCAAGCACGAGAUCGAGGCCCGGGAGCAGCUGAUCACCAACCUGCUCAUCCGCGAGUUCAAGGCCAAGGACAACGAGCUGGCCCUGAAGCAGGCCCGCCAGAAGAUGGCCCUCAAGCGGGAGAUCCGCGACCAGCUCCUCAGCCAGCGGGAUGAGCAGAAGUUCUUCCGCGAAAAGGCCAUCCAGGAGGGCAUGCUGAAGCCGAAGGAACCCACCAGCUUCGGAGAGCGCCAGUACCGCAACCAGGUGGCCCAGGCCGAGAAUACCCAUCGUUUGGACGUUCAGGCGUACAAGGACAUCGCCGUCAUGAUCGAGGAGAGGAAGCAGCGGCGGGCCGAGAACAUCGAGGAGAUGCACCAGAUUAACAAGCGAGUCUACGACUGCCAGGAGAUGGAGGACAAGAUGGUGGCCGCGGAGCGAAUGGAGCUCCUGAGCAAGCAGCCGCGUGCAGUGAUCCUCGCUCUGCGCUCUUCCCUGCUGACCCCGGACGAGAUCAAAGCCUUUAAUCUGGCCAAGUAGAGAGUAUCCUUUCUACCUUGUUUGCCACAAAUCCAUUUACUGUUAUUUUGAAGAUCCUUGUUGGAUUUAGUUUGGAAACUUUAAAAGAUCUCUUAGUAGGAAUAACACAACAUACCGCAAUAUAUCCUUCAUCUUGGCUGGAAAUCGAAAAAUUCCGAAGCGGCGUACUCCGAAAAGCUUGCUCCUAAUCAGUGUGACCAAAUAAGCAAUAAAUUUCAACUGCAUUAAAA